UAAUAAUACUUAUCUAUACUUUUUGGCGUGAUUUAGUAUGAAUUUUAAACAAUGAUAUACAAAUCAAAAUUAAUCUAAAAAAAUCGAUGACGGGGUUUGACUCUUAAUUCUGCACGUGAUCUUUCCAAACCCCGCGGAAGAUGUGGUCUUGUAUAAAUCCUUAAUAUUCGAUACCCCCACCAUCAACAGUUUAUUUCUACUAUACUGAUGGGGUUAGUUUCACAACAAGUGUAUUGAUUACUUAAUAAUUCAUUCCGAUUAAAUAGUUAAAAAUCCUAUUUUUUUUUAGUUGUGCCUCGGGUUUUAUUAGGAGUAAUGUCUAUUAUUAUUGAUACUCUGAAACUGAGUAGAAAGCAUGCCAGUAGAGCAUGUUUGGAAUGUCGUAGAAGACAUUUUAAAUGUGAUAGUGCAGAACCUGUUUGUGGAAGAUGUAAUAAAGCAGGACGAGAAUGUAUAUAUGUUGAAAGUCAUAGAGGUGGUUCAAGGAAAAAGGGAGUUUCAAAGAAAGGACAAGUAACAGUAUCAGAAGGUCCUGCAAUUAAUACAGCUGAUAUUGAAGAAUUCCCAUUCAUGAAAAAUGUCAAAGAUCUUCAUUUAAUUAGGAAAAAAGAGAGUCAUAUACGUGAUAAUGGAGAAAUGUUACAAGAAAUAUAUAAUUUACCUUGUGCUAAAGAUAAUAGUAGAUGUGAUGGAUCCAGUUGUCCUGGAAAGAAAGCUGUUGAAUAUUUUAGAAAGAGAACUGAGGGUCCAUUAAGUACAAAAGAACAAGAAAUGAUAACUAAUUUAAGAAAGAAAGUAAAAUUAGAUAAUAAUAUUGGUGAAUUAGAUUGUAUAUUUGCUAAUAGAGAAAAUGGUCAUGAACCAGAAUCAAUAGAAGAACUUGAAAGUGUACUUAAAGUUCAUUCAUUAAAUAAUUUUAUUGAUACAUCAACUCUUGAUACAGAAGAUAUUCUUAAAAAAUAUUAUGAAAAAUUUCAUUGGUCACAUCCUUUAUUACCUCCUAAGGAUGAAAUUAAUCAAUUUUUCAGUCAACUGUCAAUUAUUGCAGAAAUACUACCUGUAAUGAAAAUAGUUACUGAUGGAUAUACCAAGACUAUAUUUUCAAAAAAGAUUGAUUUAGUAUCAGAUAGAAUAACUCAAUGUAUUCGAAUAAUUAAAGAUAAUGAUUAUAAUGAUAUAGUAUCAAUUCAAUGUCUAAUUUUAUUAUCUAUCAUUGCUCAUAUAUCAUCAAUUCAUAAAUUAAGUAAAACCAUUCGACAUUUAUGCAUAUAUUUAUUAAAGAAGUUACAAAUUGAUUGUUUAGAUAAACCAGAAAAAUCUAAAGUACAAGUUCUAUCACCAGCAUCAGAUAAAACACAAUUAGCUGUAUUAAAUUCUACAAGAUUAGAGCAUUUAUCAGAAAUAAAUAUUGUUGAUAAUGCUCGUAGAUGUUUUUGGGAAUUAUAUUUUUUUGAUGUAAUAAUUGGUUCAGCAGAUGGUAGAACUGUUACAAAGAUGGAUUUAUUAUCUAAGAAUAUUUUUUAUCCAACUGUUCCAAGUAGAGAUACUUUUGAUUAUAAAACUAGAGCGGAAGCAGCAAAAUUGGUAACUGAAGCAGUUAAAUUAAAUAUAGAAGUUCUUGAUAAAUUACCUGUGGAGGCCACUCUAACUAGACUAAAAGCUUCAGUUUCCAAUUUCUCAAUGAGACUUGAAAAUCCAAAGAUGUUUAAUUCACCUUCAUUAAUUCAUCUGAAUGGUAAAAUUAAUGAAGGAGUACAUCAAGCCAUUUUAUUAUUUAAUUAUGCAAAAAUAUUUGUUCAUAGACCAUUUUCAUUUCUUUGGAAGAUAAAUUCACCUCAAAAUCCACGAUGCGGAGGAGAAUCUUCUGAUGAAGAAAAUGGAGAACCUCCAUCUCAAACUGAACUUGAUUCAAGGGCGGUAAUUGAGACUAGAAAAACUAUUGAAGCAGCCAUAUCUAUUGUUCAAGCACUUAUUGAUACAGAUGCAACUAAAGUUCUAGAAAGAACUCCUCUAUUCGCAUGUGCAUUAGCCUUAGCAUCAUUAAUGUUUAUUAGUGCCUAUAUUUGGGUAGAAAAUACUUUAAAUGGUGAUGAUGAAACUGUAAAACAACAUUUAAGUUCAAAGGAUCUUGAUACUUAUGCAGAGUAUAUUACCUUAUCAUUAUCUGCAAUUUAUCCAAUUUCAAAUCAUUGGAUACUAUCAGGGAAAUUAGCUAGACAUAUAAGAGAAUCCUUAGUGACUAUAAGGCCACAACUAUAUUCCAAAUUAAAGGAAAAUUUACCUCAUAUUGAUAUAAAGAUCGAACAACCACCACCUCCACAACCAUUACAAUCACAAUCACGACCAUUAAAGACAGUAGUUGAAGGAAAGGAAUCAGCUUCUGAACCUCCGACAGUUAGUUCAGUACUGAUUCAAUCGUAUUCUCCUGCCAGUGGACCAGUUUCAGAUACAUCACUUACUAAUACAAGUGAAUCUAUUACUGAGACAAUUCCAUUUGAUAAUAAGAGAAAUAAUAGUAUAUUUGAAUAUAGUAGUUUAUUCCAAAAUAGUUUUGAAAAUCAAUUUGAUCCCAUGACAUAUUCCGGUCAAUUAUCUCCAGUAUCUGAUACAGGUUGUGAUUGGAUUGAUAAAGCACUACAAGAUUACUUUGAAGUGGAUAGCUUUAACUAAUGUAAAUAGAUCACGAUUAACAAUACAAGUAUUAUUAUUUAUUUAUUUAUUUAUUAAAACAUAAUACAUAUAAUUAUAUAUGUAGUUGUACAUUAUACAUAUAAUUAUAUAAUUAUUUUUAAAUAUUCGGUUAACUUCACAUAUAAUUCUGCAUAAUCCGAUUUGGUCCGUUGUAC